AUGGGCGAGCAUAAUCUCCUUAAUCCAGGGUUUGUGGGACCUUUGGUAAACAUCCACACUGGAGACACAUUUUACUUUCCGAAUUUUAGAGCCUCAGGGGGACAACUGGCGGGGCUACCGUCUCUCUCCUACCCGAGAAGGGACAAUGUUUGCUCCCUCCCGUGGAAUCCUUCGGAGCCGUGCAAUGGAUACUCUCAAUCCUACUUUAGCAGCCCCGUGUCUAUUAACCCUUCUUUCAAUCGGUCGUGUGAGAUUACCAGACCAGAAGAGGGUAAAUGUUAUUAUAAUAACGGCAACGGGAACAGGGAGACCUGUUCAGGUGGCAGCAGCCUCAAAAGAGAGGAUAGGGCGAGAGACACAUCAUCAUUAACAUCUGACCACGGGAUGCACAGUGGAAUAGGCAGCACUGUCGCCUUUUCCAAAUAUGAUUAUGGGACCGAGCAGCUAACGCAAGACCCGCCGUCCUGUCAGUCAAUGGAGUCCGACUCCAGCUCCUCUCUGCUCAACGAAGGGAGCAAGCCUUCAUCCAGCGACACACAGACCCUGGUGUCACCGGGAAGCCAUUCGAGCAACAUAGCUGCAGGCGGAGCUGCCCCGUGGUACCCGAUGCACACUCGGACCAGAAAGAAGCGUAAACCGUAUUCCAAACUUCAGCUGGCUGAGCUAGAAGGUGAAUUCAUGAUGAAUGAGUUCAUCACCAGGCAGCGGCGGAGGGAGCUCUCCGACCGCCUGAACCUCAGCGACCAACAAGUCAAGAUCUGGUUCCAGAACCGCAGGAUGAAGAAGAAGAGACUCAUGCUGAGGGAGCAAGCUUUGGCCUACUUUUAAAGAUGCGGCAGAAGGUGAAUCGAUAGGCAGUAAAAGCCAAGCCUUCUACGCUCCCCUUGGUCUUCUUUUCAAUGCAUGCACUCAUCUAUCCAUCUUUUACGUUGCAGGCAAUUAUUACAACAUUUUCUGAUAUUUUUAUUUCUCAAAGGUGCGGGCUAAACGAGCCCAAAAACAAGCCACUACAUGGCAUUCAAAGCUAUAUUCUACAUGUCAAUAAGACAUGUCUUCAUGUUUGGUAUUGUCGCACAAAAAAAGCUGUGAGGAUAUGUUUUCUCUGUAGGCUGCAUCUCUUGUUUUUCCUGAUUUGUCAGGAGAUCAGUCUACGCCCUAAAUGUCAGCAACGCGAAGGUGUCGUCGGGGCAAUAGCUCAGUUUUGGGAUGACACAUAAUAACAACAUCCUUUUUGUUCCAUUUUUAGUCAGAGAAAAUGAGGAGUGAGCGGGGCCACUUGGUAAAAUCUCCAAAAAUAGGCCUAAAAAUAACAGUGGAGUCAGGAAGGACAGCAAAGACUGACAGACAGGCUUCAUACGCGCAAUCAUUUCUCUGAGGUUAUGAACUGAUAAAGAAGUAUCUCCCUCCCGGUUGCUCAAAAACUUCCAACAGCCAUAAUGUGUUGGGUAAGAGGAACUUCACCUUAUCUUCCUUCCUUUUAGUUUUUUCACCACGCGUUUGUGGGCACGUUCACGGUCACGGGCAGGAAGUCUGGAAGUCUGCAUGAGGAGAGGGAGGACUAAAACCGCAAUGUAAUCCAUAUCGAUAUCCCUAUCUUUGUUCAUGCGCUAACGAGUUUCUAAAGGUGUUUUUUUUACUUACUUUUCUUACCUUUCAACUUGUCUU